AGAGGAGGAGGAAGAGGAGGAGGAGGAAGAGUGGACGGCUGGACUCCAUUAAGACGAAGCCUGCUGGAAAAGUGCUUGGGAAUACUCCACUUCUUCUAGGGCGACUCGUCGGGAAUUUUUUCCUCUAUUUUUGGACCGUCUUCCCCUCCCCAAAACCCAUCCUAUAUGUUAUAAAGCAGGACAAAGCAGUUGUGUAUCGUGUCGUCGAGCGUUUGAGUGCCUUUAUCGUGAAGGAAUGGCGCUGGACGGGAUCCGGAUGCCUGAUGGCUGCUAUGCCGACGGGACGUGGGAGCUGAAGAUGCACGUCACUGACCUCCACCGUGACGUGUCGCUGCGGGUCACCGGCGAGAUCCACAUAGGUGGUGUCAUGCUAAAGCUGGUGGAGAAAUUAGAUGUGAAGAAGGACUGGUCAGACCACGCGCUAUGGUGGGAGAAGAAGAAGACGUGGCUGCUGAAGACCCACUGGACGCUCGACAAGUACGGCAUCCAGGCCGACGCCCGGCUGCUGUUCACGCCGCAGCACAAGCUCCUGCGUCUGCAGCUGCCCAACAUGAAGCACAUGAAAGUAAAAGUCAACUUUUCCGACCGUGUCUUCAAAGCAGUCUCCGACAUCUGCAAGACCUUCAAUAUUCGUCACCCAGAGGAGUUAUCUCUACUGCGCAAGCCGCGUGAUCCCAAAAAGAAGAAGAAAAAGUUGGAGGAGGCCGAGGAGGAUGAUCUGGAGGUAGAGGGUCCGCUGUUAACCCCUGGAUCAGCCUCAGAGAUUAUAUACAUCGGACCUGUCAAAGGAAGCAUCUACUCCAGCCCUGGUUUGUACAGUAAGACCAUGACGCCCACGUACGACUCAAGGGACGGCAGCCCGCUGUCACCCACGUCCGCCUGGUUCGGCGACAGCCCCCUUUCGGAGGGCAACCCCGGCAUCCUCGCUGUCAGCCAGCCUAUCGCCUCCCCGGACAUCCUGGUCAAGAUCUACAAACCGCAGUCACUGCUGGACAAGGCUAAGAUCAACCAGGGGUGGUUGGACUCCUCCAGGUCUCUGAUGGAACAAGAUGUCAAAGAGAAUGAGGUGUUGCUGCUAAGGUUUAAAUACCACAGUUUCUUUGACCUCAACCCAAAGUAUGACGCCAUAAGGGUGAACCAGCUCUACGAGCAGUCAAAGUGGGCCAUCCUGCUGGAGGAAAUCGAGUGCACGGAGGAGGAAAUGAUGAUGUUUGCCGCCUUGCAGUACCACAUCAACAAGCUGUCCGUCAUGUCGUCGGACAACCACAUGAACAACAGCGAGAAGGAGGUGGACGAGGUGGACGCGGCCCUCUCCGACCUGGAGAUCACGCUGGAGGGAGGCAAGACGUCCAAUGCCCUGGGUGACAUCACGUCUAUUCCCGAGCUGGCGGACUACGUCAAGGUCUUCAAACCCAAGAAACUGACACUGAAGGGCUACAAGCAGUACUGGUGCACGUUCAAAGACAUCACAAUUUCCUGUUACAAGAGUAAAGAGGAGGCGCACGGGACGCCCGCUCACCAAAUGAACCUCAGAGGCUGCGAGGUGACCCCGGAUGUGAACAUAUCAGGUCAGAAAUUCAACAUCAAGCUGCUAAUCCCCGUGGCGGAUGGAAUGAACGAGAUCUGGCUGCGGUGCGAUACGGAGAAGCAGUAUGCCCACUGGAUGGCCGCGUGUCGUUUGGCAUCCAAGGGGAAGACCAUGGCGGACAGCUCCUACAACCUGGAGGUGCAGAACAUCCUGUCCUUCCUAAAGAUGCAGCACAUGAACCCUGACCCACAAUUCAUCGAGCCCAUCACCACAGACAUCAACCCCGAGUGCCUUGUGUCACCGCGCUACCUAAAGAAGUACAAGAACAAGCAGCAAGGCUUAAUCAGGGAUUUGAUCUCAGCCCGCAUCCUUGAAGCCCACCAGAACGUGGCCCAGAUGAGUCUAAUUGAGGCCAAGAUGCGCUUCAUCCAGGCGUGGCAGUCGCUGCCAGAGUUCGGAAUCACUCACUUCCUGGCCAAGUUCCAGGGCGGCAAGCGUGACGAGCUGAUUGGCAUCACGUACAACCGUCUGAUCCGCAUGGACGCCGGCACCGGGGACGCCAUCAAGACCUGGCGCUUCAGCAACAUGAAACAGUGGAACGUCAACUGGGAGAUCAAGAUGGUGACCGUGGAGUUUGCGGACGAGCCCAGCCUGUCGUUCAUCUGCGCCGAGGUAGACUGCAAGGUGGUCCACGAGUUCAUCGGGGGUUACAUCUUCCUGUCCACGCGGGCCAAGGACCAGAACGAGACCCUGGACGACGACAUGUUCUACAAGCUCACCAGCGGGUGGGUCUGAGCGGACCUAAUGAGUAGGACCACCACCCGCUCACUUUAUCAGAACCGAGUCCAUGGAUUGCCACGCUCUUGGUUCCCACUAGUAAAGCGCGCGCUACAUGGUGGCUAGUUGAAUUUUAUGGCACUCGUAGUGUGCACUUUUGCCUCACUAGUAACAUGUAGUUGACCUACUAGAGAGGACAAAGAACGUACUAGGAGAUGGACCUCAAGCUAGAUAUCGAAUAAAUAAUAGUAUCCUAUUUAUUCAAUAUUCUUGGUAUCUACAUAUAAUUGACAGUUCAGCAUACUAGUAGAAUGACCGACCGUCUUACCAGUAAUGUUUUUGUACACUACUGUAACAUUUUUGCAUGCUUGUAGUACAACUCUGGCAUACUAGUAGGACAACUACCAAUUACUAGUGAGGCAGAACUACCAGGGGGUACUUUGGUGCUAUGAGUAAGAGCCAGGAGGUUACUAGUGUCUGACACAUCCCUAUAUGCGAAGUCAUUUGCGCAUUUAUUGGAUUUCCUACUAGUGCCCUGGUGUCCAUGUACAAAUGUGGUCUUUGUCCUCACUAGUAAGUCAAUUCAGCACAGUAGUAGAACAACGAGGUCGCACUAAUAGGACAACUACAUGUUACUAAUGGAAAUUAAUCUUAGUCCUCACUAGUAAGACAAUUUGGUGCACUAGUAGCAUGAUGAGAGAUCAAUAGUAGAAUGAUGAGAGUGGACUAGUACGAUGACCUGGGCUCACUAGUAGGAUGACCGGAGUCCACUAAGAGGACAGCUACUACUGAGGCAAAACUACUAGUUGGCACUUUGGCACUACUAUUAGGGUCCAUGAGGCUACUAGUUUGGGACACAUGCCUCUAUGGAAAGCGGUACUUUUCCUCACUAUUAAGACAAUACAGUGCACUAGUAGACUGAGUGGGGCAAAAUAGCAGUAAUAAAAGCAUGCAGUUUUCAAUGAGUGCACUGUUUUGCCUCACUAGUAACACAUAGUUCUUCUACUAGUGUGAAAAAUGUCAUGCCGUUGAAGAAGGCAGUAGUGGAAACCGCAUUACCAGUUAGAAACGACACUCAUUCUACUAGUGUCAUGAAUUGCCUUACCAGUGAGGACAGCGCGUACUAGUACCUGGACACGUCGGCGAUCUAGUAUGAUAUCGAAUAACUGCUCAAAGGGCUUUCCCCAGCCUCUCCCCUAGGUCCUAAAAGCCACCCGCUCCCCUGUAAGCACUUGGACACCAUAACAUUGAAUUUGGGCUACUUGGACUAUCUUCCACUAAGACACCACACCCACUUUGCAUGAAGUGUUAAGUCACUUUUAAUAUUGAGCAAAAUUAUGAAAUAUUACUAUCCGCAUUGUUUUUUUUGUUUUUGUUUUAAUACACUCGGUCUAACAAAACGGAUGUGUAAAAUAAUCCUCAUAUUACCUCUACCCGUCUCUCACGCCACAUAGUAUUAUUCGUCUUCUCAAUAGGAUUUGUAUGAGAACGCACCAGCAAAGGCCACACACCACCCCACAAUGAAUUAUGCAAGCAACAUGAAGUAUUAUUAUUUUUUUUGUAACUAAUGUAAAAACACAGCUUUUAUAGAAUUGUACAGUCUUUUUCUCUCUGCUUUGAGGGGUAAAUGUUUGUGUGCGUUUGUGCACGCGUGUUUGUGCGCAAGUGUGUGUGCGUGUGUUCUUAACGUGACGAAUGACAGCGCGUAUGCCAUUGUCAGUCAUAACGUUAAGAUGAAAAUAUCCUAAACUUACGGAAAUGCAUAAGUUUCUUUUACUCAAACACUACUUUGCAGCUUUUUGUUGUCGUCCAAAAAGUAUUUUACGAAAUAUGAAGUUGUCUUCGUUUUUUUGUUUUGUUUGCCAUUCUCAUGUCAGGAGUGACGUUGCAUGUCCUGUUCUUGUUGUUUUUGACUGUAAAAAUACAUGCAUUUAUUUUAAAAAAAAUAAAAUUAAUUUUUAUUUAA